AUGAGUGUUUUUUCUAUAUACGUGAUAAGUGAAUCUGGUUCACUUCAGUUUUAUUAUGACCAUUCUGACGUAAACGUGGAAGUAGAAAAGAAAUACGAAUUCCCAUUACCAUUCCAUUUUAAAGUUGAGGACGGUCGUGUUGUUAUAGAUUUCGGUGCAUGUGAUGACGUAAAAACAGGGUAUACUGUCAUUUCUGUGGACGGUGUAUUGUCUAAAGGCACAUCUUUGGAGGAUAACAGGAAUAUUUUAAAGGUUUUUUCAGAUAAAGACAACUUCCCACUGACAAUCAAAUUUGGGAGCCCUCGACUACGUCCGAAUGACCGUAUUCACCUUGCUAGUAUGUUCCACCCGUUACACUCAAUGGCUCGACUUCUCUCUCCAAUUCCUGAUUCCAAAUCUAACUUCAUUGUUCCGGUUAAUGAUAAAAAAGCUCCACGAGUUUGGAAUUCCGGUAUCCAAACUUUGGAAACAGAAUCCUGCCGUGUUCAUUGUUUAGAAACCCAUACCCGUGUUAAAUUUUUACUUGUUACUGAUAUCAAAAUACCAGUUGCUUCUCGUGAGGCUCUCCGCAGGGUGUACGAAGCGUAUACAGAUUUCGUUUUGAAAAAUCCCUUUUAUGCUCCAAACCAACCGUUUAAUUACGAAUUCUUUAAUAAUCAAAUAAAAACAAUAUGUGACCAAGUAGAAAAGGGUAUAUAUGUAAUUAACUAA